AUGAAUCGAAAUUUAGAAUUAAAUUUUUUACCUAAUCGUAAAAGAGAUGCUUCCCCACAAGCAAGGCAGGAAACAAUAACAGAACAAAGAUACAAUGAAAUAAAAAAUAAGUUAAAUAUUAUAAAAACAAGUGGUCAAGAAUUUUAUAAUGUAAGUAUUGAUGAUAUGGAAUAUGUUAGAAACCUAGGCAGUGGAGCAUUUGGUCAAGUUACACAACAAAAAUUUAAAAAAACAAAAGAACUUAUGGCUGUCAAAUGUAUGCAUCGUUCUGGAGAUGAAGAAGAGGAGAAAAGGAUUAUAACAGAUUGUUUUGUAAUUCUUGAUACUCAUACACAUCCUAAUAUUGUAAAUUGUUAUGGAAUUAUAACUCAUGAAAAUAGUGUUUAUAUUUGUAUGGAGGUAAUGCCAACUUGUCUUCAUGAUUUGAUUCAUGAAAAUUUAAAAUCAGGAAUUGAGGAAAUAUAUGUGGGAAAAUUGAUAGUCGGAAUUUUAGAUGGACUUAUUUAUUUAAAAUCAAAAAAUUAUAUGCAUCGUGAUGUUAAGCCAUCAAAUAUGCUUAUAAAUUACGAUGGUGUUAUUAAACUUUGUGAUUUUGGAAUUACUGGACAAUUAAUUGACAGUAAAAUUAUAUCUAAUGGUAAAGGUUGUCUUUUAUAUUUGGCUCCUGAAAGAAUUGAAUCUGUCACAACUUAUGACUCUAGAUCUGAUGUUUGGAGUUUAGGAAUUACAAUAUAUGAAAUGGUAAAAGGUACACAUCCUUAUGGUGAAGAGAAUACUGGUUUUGAAUUAUUAGCUAAAAUUAAAGAAGGUCCUGCACCUUAUCUAAAAAUAAAUGAAGCUUCUAAUGAAUUAAGACAAUUUGUAGGAAGAUGUUUAGAAAAAAAUGUUGAAAAAAGAGCUAAAUAUAAAGAGCUUGAAGAACAUCCUCUUAUUCAAACAUUUCGUGGGAGGAAUGUUGAUGUUGCUAGUUGGAUUCAAGAACUAUUGGUUGAAUUUUAA